ACGUACUCUCUGCCUCUAUCUCCGCCCAGAUCAUGACAAUCGUCAAUCGCAUUUUGACCGCCUCUCGCAAGGUUCUCCGGUUGCCAUCGCGAAGUCUUGCCACAACACAGGCAAUGUUCAUAAAGCCCGGUGCAUUCGUCAAGAUAGCUCAAAGUACCAGUAGCCUCCGGAACGUGACCAUGCUGACAGAACGCAAGCCUUUUUCGCCGGAUUUCUUCUUCCGUCAGCUAUUUGACGAGAAGUCAUGGACCUACACCUACCUGUUGGCCGAUAUCAACUCUAAAGAGGCGAUUCUCAUCGACCCGGUUUUGCAGCAAGCCAAGCGAGAUGCCCAGCUUAUGCAAGAGUUGGGUUUGAAGCUCACCUAUGCUUUGAAUACUCAUAUGCAUGCGGACCACAUCACUGGCACCGGAUACCUCAAGCAGCUACUCCCCGGAACGGUUAGCGCAAUUUCCGAAGCCAGCGGAGCCAAAGCUGAUAAACAUCUGAAAGACAACGAGGUCGUCCAGUUUGGACGGUUCGAGGUGCGAGCUUUGUGUACUCCAGGUCACACCAACGGGUGCAUGACAUUUGUCGUCGAAGAACAGGGCAUCGCCUUCACUGGAGACACUUUGUUGAUUCGUGGCUGUGGGCGUACCGAUUUCCAGGAAGGUAACUCGCGUUCUCUGUACAAAUCGGUGCACGAAAAGAUUUUCACCCUUCCUGAUAAUUUCCGACUCUUCCCAGCCCACGACUAUAAGGGUAACAUGGAGACCACCGUGGCCGAAGAGAAACUGUACAAUCCCCGUCUAACAAAGGACAUCGACGCCUUUGUCGAGAUUAUGGAGAACUUGAACUUGCCCUACCCGACGAUGAUUGAUCAAGCCGUGCCUGCCAACCGUGAAUGUGGGCUUUAUGACAUCCCCAAAGAGUAAACGAAGAAAACAGCAAAAAUGCUUAAACCAGUGAACGUGUGCUUAUGAUUCGGAGCAAUAGAUUGAAUAGUCGAAGUAUUAUUUUAGUUCUAGUACGUUCAUCACACCUUAAAUGGAGGUUGCAUUAAUUGUGAAUAGUUGUUAAUACUCUUUCAAGACAAGUUAUUUGGUAAUAUAGCACGAAGUGCAAUUUUGUAUCAAUAAGGA